CAGUGACGUUCGAGCAUGCGCCGGAAGUGUGGAGGAGGGCUCGGGCUGGACUCGAUCGGCGGCAUGACUUUCUAACUGGAGCUGCAGGCCGCGAAUCGAUCAGGCAAAAUGCGGUUUAUAGAGGCAUAAUAGCGGGUUUCUCUCAUGACAGGACCGCACAGCUCCGCUUGAGGCCGCUGGAUGGAGAAACAGCAAAUAUGGCGAGCUAACCGGGUCGAGCGGGAGCGGAGCGAGUGUGUGCGCGCGUUAUUUUGUGUGUGAGGUCAUCGGCCGCAAUGAUGCAACAGAAGCGCAACAUUCAGAUCAUCGAGUGGGAGGAUCUGGACAAGAGGAAGUUCUACUCUCUGGGCGUCUUCAUGACCAUGACCACACGGGCCGCCGUCUACCCGUUCACCCUGAUCCGCACCAGACUGCAGGUCCAGAAGGGGAAGUCGCUCUAUAACGGCACCUUCGACGCCUUCUGGAAGAUUCUGAAGACCGAGGGGACGCGUGGCCUUUAUCGAGGGUUCAUGGUCAACACGUUCACGCUGAUCUCAGGUCAGGCCUACAUCACUACCUACGAGCUGGUGAGGAAACACGUGUCCUGUUAUUCGUCCAGUAACACGGUCAAGUCUCUGGUGGCGGGCGGCGCGGCCUCGCUGGUGGCCCAAAGCAUCACGGUGCCCAUCGACGUGGUGUCCCAGCAGCUGAUGGUGCAGGGUCAGGGGUGUCAGCUCACACGCUUCAAACUCAAGUCCAAGAUGGUGAUGGCCACGUCCAAGCACAAAGUGACGUUUGGCCAGACCAGAGACAUUGUGGUACAGAUUUUUCACGCGGAUGGAUUUCGGGGCUUUUAUCGUGGAUAUGUGGCGUCGCUCCUCACCUACAUACCCAACAGCGCCGUCUGGUGGCCGUUUUAUCACUUUUAUGCAGAGCAGCUCUCCAGACUGGCUCCAGUGGACUGUCCGCACCUCCUCCUGCAGGCCAUGGCGGGACCGAUGGCUGCAGCUACAGCCUCCACCCUCACCAACCCCAUGGACGUGGUCCGAGCCCGAGUACAGGUCGAAGGUCGUUCGUCUGUGAUGGAGACGUUUAAGCAGCUCCUGGCUGAAGAGGGCAUGUGGGGUCUCACCAAGGGUCUGUCUGCACGCAUCAUUUCCUCCAUGCCCACGUCGGUCAUGAUCGUCAUCGGUUACGAGACACUAAAGAGAUUCAGUCUGCGGCCUGAACUGGUGGACAGCAGACACUGGUGAAAACGCACAUACCUCAGCCUUUUAUUAUUUUCACGUUUUAUAAGGACCAGGCAAUAAUUGGCGCUCAAAUGUGAACUUCUAUUUCCUCUCUCCCUUUUUUGUGGAUUUUGUAUAUUUUGUAACCUGUGAACUCAAACUAGUAUUUUGUAAUGAGACGUCAUGGAACACUCGCCUGGAAUAUGAGAUUUUGAAGUGAAAAUCAUUUUGAAAUGGUGACACUUUCUUGUGAAUCUCGUGCAGUGCUCUUCACUUCAUCUGACAGGAAGUGAGAUCAUCACAUCUGUUACAUGGUAGGAAGAAUGAGAACAUGUAUGGCUUUUCACACUUGAAACCCUGGGUCGUUUUUAACCCUA